AUGCCGUUUGGCCUCCACUCAGCACCAGCCACAUUUCAGCGGGCGCUCGACAGCGUCAUAGGACCGGACAUGGAGCCCAACGCGUUUGCGUACUUGGAUGAUAUCAUCAUCAUCGGACGCACUCUGGAAGAGCAUGUACAGCAUCUGCAGGAAGUAUUCCGGCGGCUACGGAAGGCGAACCUUCGCCUCAACGCAAAGAAGUGCAGCUUCUUUAAGCGCAGCCUGGUAUACUUGGGACAUGUUAUUAGCGAGGAGGGAAUACAUACGGAUCCCGAGAAGAUCUCCGCAGUACGACAACUGAGUCCACCUACCACGUGCAAGGAGCUUAGGAGAUGUUUGGGUAUCGCGUCUUGGUAUCGGCGAUUUGUACCAAACUUUGCUAGCGUAGUGCAGCCCAUGUCUCUGCUGCUCAAGAAGGGCAAGAAGUGGCAAUGGGAGAAGGAGCAGCAGGAUGCGUUCGACGACCUGAAGAGCAAACUGACGGACCGCCGGUUCUUGCCUGCCCGGAUUUCAACGAGAAACGAGGAAAACUAUUCCGCAACAGAGAAGGAGUGUCUGGCUAUCAUAUUGGCCAUCAGGAAGCUCAGAUGCUACUUGGAAGGAUACCGAUUUGAGGUGAUAACCGAUCAUCUCGCUCUGAAAUGGCUCAACUCGAUUGAGAAUCCCACCGGCCGUGUAGCGCGCUGGGCGCUAGAACUCCAGCAGUACCAGUUCGAUGUCACCUAUAGACGCGGGAGCCAGAACGUCGUCGCUGACGCACUUUCUCGACAGCCUUUGGAGGUACUGCAGAUGAUCCAGGAGGAUAAGCCGGAGAGUACAUGGUUCCAGCGGAUGGUGAAGCUUGUUCAGGACAGACCUGAGGAUUACCCGGACUACGUGUACGAGAACCAGCAGCUGUAUAGGCACAUCGGAUCUCGACCCGACGACGAAGACUCCGUGCCAUGGAAACUGUAUGUUCGCAGGUGCGACACUUGCCAACGGUUCAAAGUAAGUCAAGCCAAGCCAGCGGGGAAAAUGUUCACCAGGCAGGUUAGUGAGCCGUUCGAUAUUGUCUGCGCCGAUUUUAUUGGGCCUCUUCCGCGAUCCAAAGGUGGGAAUACAAUGUUGCUCGUGUUUUUCGACGCUUUCUCGAAAUGGGUCAAGUUGAUCCCUUUGAGAAAAGCCACCUCAGCGCAUCUAGAAAAAUCCUUUAGGGAGAGGAUUUUAAAUCACUUCGGAGUUCCUCGCACUUUUGUCUGUGACAAUGGGACACAGUUUACGAGUCGUUCGUUCAAAUCCUUUUGUAAGCAGGCAGGGAUGGAGAUCCAGUACACCGCGCCAUAUACCCCGCAGCAGAACCCGACAGAGGGGGCCAAUCGAACCAUUAAAACAAUGGUCGCCCAGUAUAUCGAGGACAAGCAGACGACUUGGGACGAACUCCUGCCCGAAUUGAACCUGGCGAUAAAUAGCAGCGUCUCAGACUCAACCGGAUUUAGUCCGGCGUUCAUCGUUCAAGGCCGAGAGCCACGACUCCCAGGAGCCUUGUAUGAUGAAGUGACUCCAGGGCCAAGCCAAGCGCCACACUCACCGGAAGCAAAGGCGGAAUUGCUACGGGAUGUUUUCAAGGUGGUUCGCGAGAACACUCAACGGGCGUCGUUGGAACAGCGCAAGUAUUAUGAUCUCAGACGACGUUCAUGGAGGCCAACCAUAGGAUCACUGGUCUUUGUAAAGCAGCAUCAUUUGUCCAAGGCGGCGGAUAACUUUGCCGCCAAGCUAGCUCCCAAAUAUGAAGGCCCUUACAAAGUAAUCAAAUUCUUCUCCCCCACCAUAGUGCGCUUGCAGCAUCUUCACAACCGGCAACGUCGAACAGCAGCCCUUGGAGAUUUGAAGGAAGCAGUCAACGAACCAGAAACACAGAAUCUGGUGCCCAGCCGACUAGACCACGCAGAAGACACGCAGACUACGGAGCCAGUUUAG